CGGCGUGUCACAAAUUGACAUCUUCAGGCAAUUCUCGACUUUUUUUCUACUCUCGGAUUCUACCAUCCAAAUUCGUCCUCUAUUCACUUAAACACCGUCACCGAGCUGUCUGAUCUAUGCGGAACAUCUGCCGUCUUUCCCCAAGAUGGCAUCAACAAUUUUGUCUGUCCCCCAGCUUUGCUGGCCAUCAAACCUGCCUACAACUUCUCCAGCCUGUUCGUCACUAUCGACAACCGCCACGACAGCGUCCGCGUCCUGCGCGUAGGGCUCCUGUCGCGCCCUUUGAAGAUUUGGACAUCCGAGAAUUCGAACAACAAGGUCAAGAUGAUUCGACCAGAGUCCCGGUCCACGACUAUCUCGAGGAGGAAGGACAACAAGUUCGAGCGGAGUUGGAAGAGUUGGAUCGCGAACUCGCCAUCAUGCGACAAGGUCCAUUUGGUCCGGAUAGCGAGUUCAUGCGUUCAUUUCCGGCCAAAGAAAGAGAAGAGCUUCUCAAAGCUCUUGAAGAGGAGGGCAUCAUGCCUGGGGAAGACUUGGAUCUGAUCACGGACGAGGAACUGGACGAACUGGCCAAAGACGACAAGGUUCUCAAGCGAGAAGCGCGCGAGAAAGCGUCUUUGAAAGUUACCCUGGGCAUACCGGCGCGAGACAAAAUCUAUGUCAAGAGAUUCAACCAGGCGUUGCAGGAGGCGGAGAAAGGACCGCCAAACGAGCGCCUCUAUUUCACGCUUUGGAGAUGGUACCUCCGGUGUCAGCAACAUGUGGCCAACUUCUCCGUCAUCAUCCCGGAGGAUGUGUGGCAUUUUCUGUGGAGGACUCAGAGCACCACAUACUACCGGCCCAAACACCUCCAAAUGCUGGGCAAGGAUAUGAUGAAAGCAGAUGUGCCCUUGGAGGAUAAAGAAUGGCUUCAAUACAUCGACGCUCUCCGAGCCAGUGGAGACAUUGCGGCCGCGGCUGAAAUGUGGGAGACGCAGAGACCCCGGCUAGGGACCAAAGAAGAUUUGGCCGGUCAAUUUUGGGUAACGGGGAUCCAGAUCUACGUUGAACUGGGCAGACCACAGAAAGCACAGAAUUUGGCGUUCGAAUGCUAUGACCACACCACUCUUGUCGACCCGGCGGUGCUUGUGAUGGUGAUCGCCAGUUGGGCCAAGAGCCAGAACCCGGCAGCCGCCCAGCGAGCCUGGCUCUGCUACCUAGAGCUCCGGCGACGGCUGGAAAGCUCGGAAGAUGACGAGACAACCUUGAGCGUCCUUGGCCGAACCAGUAGUGUCAUCCUCGAGGCGGGUCGUACAGAGCUGGCUCUGGCGGUGUUCAAGGACAUGUUCAUGCUUCGAGCCAAGUCGCCAAGUGACUCGUGGAAAAUAUUCCAGGAGAUAGCCAAGAGCACGAGUACGAGUACACAGUCCUCACAAACUCCGAGUGAAGAUCUGGUCAAUCGCAUAGGGCUUUCCACCCUUGCCGCACUCCCACGGUCGUUCCAGAACAAGUUCUUCUUUGCAGCGUGGAUCAAGUGGCUGCUUGGGGCGGGAAAGGUGGACGAUGCCGCAUCCGUGGUGGAACUUAUGUAUGAGCGACGAGUCAAGCCCGAUGCCCGCCACUUGAACGGACUGAUUGCAGCCUGGCUCCGUGAAGGGUCUCCCAGGGCGCGACAGAAGGCCGAAAGUACCGCCUGGAUGAUGAUUCAAGCCCGCAUUGAGCUGGUACAAAAGCGGCGCUCUGAAACUGAACCCGUGCAGACCGAGGAGCCCACCGCCACCACAGUGAAACCAGAGAUAACCAAACCGACGCCAUCUUUUCUGCUGCGAGGAGGAACCCCUGCUGCUACGGUCGAAACGUUCUCCAUCCUGCUACAGCACUACACUCGGCGUUCUGACUUUACGAACGCGGACCAUCUGACGGAUGUCAUGACGACGUCGGCAGAGAUUAAACCGAACUCAUUCAUCAUGAACCACUGGCUCUAUGCGUCGCUUCGAUCAGGUCAGAUUCCCGAGGUGUGGAGGAAAUACUGCACGCUCAGAGACUCGAUUCCGCCAGACCUCGAGACCUUCGCGGCGCUCUGGGACACAGCAAAGACGCAUUACGGCUCUCCAGCGGCACACAACCAGAAGUUUCCGGAUGCGCGGACGUUGUUUGCUGAAAUGCAAGAGUGGUUUUUGUCCUUGGAACCCAAACAGCGGCGCGCGGCCAAGGCAGACUUCUCCCCCGAGUUCUACGAGCAAAUCAUCCGGGCCUUUUGUCUGUCGUACGACCUGCACGGCACGCUGUGUGCGCUGUACGGUCUCCGGGACUCGUUUGACAUAUUGCCGCACGAAGAUGUCGUCCGCUUGGUCAUCAUGCAGGUCGCGCGGACGCUUGCUGCCGACCUGACCGGCAUAUCUGCCCGAAACCCCCCAGGUUCUAGUAGUCUGGGCUCUGCCGUUGUCCCACGCGCAGCGCGCGGUCGGAACCGUCGCGUUUCCAAGACCGCGCAGUAUCAGACUGCUGUCAAGACUCUGACCGAGAUCGUUGUGGCCAUGAUGGACAAGAAGAUGCAAGAAGAAACAGACACCAAACCCGAGGCGUACCAUGAUCUCGAGAGCCCUGCAGCGCAGCGCCUGCGAUUGGAUGUCUUGACAUCUUUUCUAUGCAUGGUGAUCGAGAAAAAGGCGUCGUUGGAUAGUAAUAAUAAUACGGCUGUGGACGGUGGUGUUCGUGUUGUCGAUCUUGUCCGAGACGUGGCCGAUGUGGCUACGCAGAUGAGGACUACAGUUCCUACUGACGUCCUCGUCCGUCGUGAUUGGGACGAUGGUGUCCGCGGCGUUGAAUAGACAGCCGAUUACUCUACAUAUAUCAAAUGGACAUAUCAUGUCUGGAUGCAAUCUCAUCUCAGGUCUACCUUAUGUAUCAUCAUCUUUUCCAGCAGAAAUAAAUCUACUUUGUAACAUAGAAAUGUAUGAAGCAAGAAAAAAAAAACUCCGUUCACAACCGUAG